ACUGCAGUGGUUUCAAUACAGAAUUCUGAACAAAAUUUUAGCUUCAAACUCAUACUUAUUCAAAAUCAAAAUUAGAGAUGAUAAGAAUUGUACAUUCUGUCAGAUAGAAGAAGAAACAAUUGAACAUUUGUUUUGGGAAUGUGAUAGUGUUCAGCAUUUCUUAAGAGAAUUUGAAGUUUGUUUUGAACAUAAGACCAAUCUUCAAAUAUCAAUAACAAAAAAUAAUUUUAUUUUUGGAUUUUUGGAUGAAAAGAAAACUAUACAAAAUAAUCUUGUUCUUUGGCUGAAAUAUUAUAUCUAUACUAUGAGGUGUAAAGGGAAGACACUGAAUGUAAAUGUUGCGAUAUCGAUAAUGAAUACAUUUUAUGAAACUCAAAGACAUAUUGCAUAUAAAAAUGGUGAAAAAGAUUAGUUUGACACCUGCUGGAAUCAAUUAUUUCAUUGAGUGUUUGUUUGUUGUUGUUGUUUAUUUUUUAUAUAUAUAUAUAUAUAUUUUUUUUUAUAAAUUUCAAUAUAUAUGUACCUUUUUAAAAUAUAUUAAAUAAUGACUGAAUUCAUCUCUCUCUCUCUCUCUCUCUCUCUCUCUCUCUCUCUCUCUCUCUCUCUCUCUCUCUCAGAAAAUAAUAUAUACAUACACCUUUGAUAGUUUCUUAUAAACAUUUUGUACAAGUUUCUUUGCAGAAUGUAUGUAUAUAUUAUGUAUGUAUGUAUGUUUUAAAAAAUAUAUAUAAAAAACAAAAACAAAUUCGUUUCUAUUCAAAAUUUAAAAAGUAAAUUGUAAAAUGUGUACGUUUUGUCACAGAGAGGAAGAGACAAUAGAACAUAUACUGUGGGAAUGUGAUUGUGUUCAAGCAUUCCUAGAUGAGUUUCAACUUUACAUAGCAGAUAAAACAAACUUUCAUAUAGUUUUUACCAAAAAAUAUUUUAUUUUAGGUACUCCUGGUAAAACGUUUUGUAUGCAAAAUACUCUUAUCCUUUGGUUGAAAUACUAUAUUUAUACAGCAAGAUGUACUGAGAAAUCAUUGAACAUUCGUUUUGCAAUAUCCUACUUAAAACUCUUUUAUGAAACACAAAAAUUCCUAUUUUACAAAAAUUGUGAUAGCGAAAAAUUUGAUACCCAGUGGAACAGAUGGAACCUGAUCUCUCUCUCUCUCUCUCUCUCUCUCUCUCUCUCUCUCUCUCUCUCUCUGUGUGUCUCUCUCGCAUAUAAAAAAAAAAUUGUCUGUAUUCCUACAUGAUCCUUGGUAUGCAUAUAUUGAACAUAUAUUAUGAUAUAUACAGAUUGUUUACAAAAAAAGUUUCUUUCUUUUUCUUUUGUUGGUGUGGGGAACGUCGGAUAUCUCCGUUGGUGGAGGCCUAGAUGUGAUAGGUUUGUGGGGUGUUUAACCUAAGUUUAGCGUAGGGUAGGGGUUUGAGGUAAGUAGGUUUACCGUCUUCAAAAUGCUCUGAGCAUAUCCAUGAAUCUUCUUUAGGUCUGCAGUUUUGUGACCCAUUCUUUCUGUUCACAAUGCUUGUCCAUUUCUGCCGUGCAUAAUUGUCUUUUAAUUCAGUUGGAAAAGGAUAGAGGUGAAAAUGUGGUUCACAAAUGCAAGAACCUAAUCCAUAAUUAAUGUGGAGGAUUUCACAUAUCUGUUAUUUCCAUUUUGUAAUUUUGGUUGCAUUAUUGUGCAGAAGUUAAAAGUACAACAUCUGGUGGACAUUAUCGUCAAUAUUUGAAAUUCAACUUCAGAAUUGUAAACGUCAUGCAGACUUUAAAAGUCAAUAAAGUUCAGAAUAUAAAAGCAACAUGAAAUCAACGACAUUACCCAAUAACUCUGUAUGUCCUGAAAAAAUGUUAAAUGGCAGAUGUUCUUCAUUUUAGAUGUAAAAUAUAAUUUUAAUAGAUGUUCGAGAGCGUGGCUCAACGACGUAUUAUUAGUAUAUUCGAAAUAUCGCGUUUACAUACUGAAAAACACAAUAUUUUUUUUAAUGGAAUAAGGCUUGUUAAAGAUUAAAAACAAGAAUUCUUACGUGAUAUAUCAAUUUGUGAUAGAUUUUAUAGGUUGGUGCGCAAGUAUUACGCAGCGAUUUGGCUUUAAUUCGUCGCUCUGAUUUCUCGUCGACGAUUUGUUUACAUCGUUUAACCUUUGACCGGGACCGCUUAUGUCGCGCUUUCCGUAAGUGUUGGUAGGAGUAUAUGUAGCACAUUAAUUCAUUUGUUUGUAUUGCUCAUAAAGAGGUUAAUGAAAAAAAUCACUAGGUGAAUGGAUUGCUCCACUCCAAGAAGGUGAUUUGUUGUACAGCCAUGUAGUUUUAUGCUAUCAUUCAUAUCUUCAUCUAGAUUCUACAUGAUUUGUCUAAUCAUUUCUACCUUCAAGAUCAAUGAACACAUGUACCAAUAUCGAAUGGUUGGUAUGAUAUAUGGCUGGAUUUGAAGACAGUGGUCCUUUCCUUACUCUCAGAUGUCUAAUUAAUAUGUCAUAAUCAAGGCAUUAAAGAAACAAAAAGAAAGCUGAAUGUGAAGAAGAAGAAAAAUGAUCACCGGCGCUAUUUGGAAACCCCUCUACAUCUAUAUUUAACUUGCUACCUUGAAAACAAAACGAAAGUAUACAGCUAUUGAGUCAGCCCGAGUUAAAACUAAAAUUAGUUUCAGCAGAAUCGUAAAUACAUAUGAUUAUCUAUAUAAAAAACAUUGUAACAUAGAAUAUGGAUGAUAACUUUAUCGAUUGUUAAAAUGUGUUUUAGGCAUUUAAACAAAAUAAAUACCGGCGCUAUUUAUAAAUCUCGUUUUCUGAAAACAACAUUACUACAAUCUAGGUCAGUGUUUUUCGAAAAUGCACAACAUAACGUUCAAUUCAAAAUCUGAUAAAUGCAGCAAACAUGAAAUGCAAAGUGUGUGUUUUGCGUGCGAGGGGAUUUCUUUAUAUAUCUGUGGGAGCAAAUGCAAUACUUGUAACCGUGUUAGUGAUUUUGUACAUUUCUCAAAAUCAUAUCAUCCGAAAAAAUAAUGAUUUGACGCAAACUUCAGAGAGAAGAAAAGCCGAAUAUCAGACUGGGCAUUCUGACGUGCGUGUGUCAGUGGAGGAUGACACUGUGUGUUUGGGGUGUGAUUAUUUGGGGAAAGACGUUACAGUUGAACAGACACUGUACAGCAACAUGACCUACUCUGAUUGUGGAGCACGAUUAUGUUGUUUGAGAGACAGGGGCAUAGCUAGACUUCUAAGACAGAUGCUGAACAUGGAAGAAUCCGAUUCACAUCAUGACGAUUUAAAGUCUCUGUCAUGGUGGAGAAAAAGACCGAAUUCGGCACACUUGUAUCUGAAGGACUGGGACCGAAGUCGUCUGCAUUGGACAGAUAGAGAUCGAACUGGAUCUGCCUUCUCAAACCUCGAAAUCAAAGACAGCAACAAACUCAUCAUUAAAGAACAAGGAACUUACUUUGUAUAUGCCGCUAUUUUGUUUGAAUUUGGACUUAUUGAUAAAGUUCCACAAGUCUAUUAUAAUAUCAGCAGUUAUUUCCCUCCUGUUCCUAACUUCCCGCCUUUUCUUGUAAUGGGUAAGUAUGGCGGAUCUAAAUUCUCGGACAGGCGACAUACGGGCUAUUUGAGUGGAAUUGUUGAGCUCUAUCAAGGCCAUCAAAUAUCCGUAUCUGUCAAUGACCAUAGGUUCAUAGACUCCUCACCUUAUGGGAAUUACUUUGGCCUUAUCAAACUUUAAAACUCAAGAAAAAAAAAAGUUUUCCAAAUAUGGUUUGAAGUUUGCAGUGUAGUUUACACAUAUUACUACUGAUCUGUUCUUGCGUGUAUACACACAUUUUUUACAUUAGUAUUGUAAAAAAAUAAUAAUAAAUACUCAACUAUAUGUGCUCUAUAUCAUUUACGAGCAUGAUUCCAAGUGGAAUGUGAUGGGAAGUUGCGUUAAUUAAUGUCGACAGUAUUGGUACAUUUGCCACCCCUCCCUUCCAUGGACGGACCAAUUUUGAAGUAAGAUUGAAGAUCUAUUGUUAUUGUGAUUGAAAGACGUUUCCUUAAGAUUGAAUUUCGUUGAAACAAAUACACUCUGUAUUGUGAAAUUACAUCUCUCUGACAUACUGUUGACCGGAAAGCUGGACAUUGGACGGGAUUUUAAAAACUGUUUUAUGGUACUCGCAGAAUGGUUGAAAAACCUGUAUAGAUAGAAAUGUAUACUAUUUUAUAUGAUCCUCAAAAUUUGUAGAUAUGAAUGAUUUGUAGAAUAAAAUAACUGCUAAAUUCUA